AAGCGGCGGCGGCGGCGGCGGCAGGGCGGACGGGCGCCCGCUCGGAAGUUUCGCGGACUCCGGGGCGCGGCUCGGAGCCCGCCGUUCCUCCAUGCCCCUGACGCCGAGGCGUAUGGCUGGCUGGCGGCCCCGCGGCCCUCGGGGCUUGCGGAGCCGGGGCCUGGGAGGCGGGCGCCGGCGCGCUCGGCUGCGGCUGCGGCGUGGGGCGCCCUGCGCUCCCGGGGGCGCCCAGGCCGGCCCGCUCCCUGCUCCCGCCCCGGCGCGGCGCUCUCAGGCGACGCGCGGCAUCCCGCCGGCAGCUUGCAGGCGCUCAGGCGCUGGGGAGCGGGGUUCGGGUCCUGGACCUACCGCGCGCAGCCGGGCAGCCGGUAGCUGCGGCUGCGAGCGCUGGGGCUGCAUGAGGCUCGCCAGGGUGCGGGCCAAGGGCGAAGGCGCGGCCCGCUCCCGCCGCCCCGGCCGGCCGCGGGCACCUUGCCCGGCACGCGCGCCCGGCGCCUUUGCCGGCAGGUCGCGGGGCUGUGGAGCCGCGAAGGCUGACGGCGCUCGCCGCAACUUUGCAGAGCGGCCCCCGCAGCGCAGCGGCAGCGGGCGAGGCGCCUCAGCGGAGACGCCUCUCCCGGCUAGUCGCACUGCCGCUCCGGGCUGUCCGCCCAGGCGCAGGCACGCAGACACACUCGCACACACAGGCUGGCACCGCCACAACCCGCCAGCCGGUGUGACAGGAGCCCUGCUACCCGCAGCAAAAACCUGCCCUAGGUACGGAGCAUGCGCCAAAGCCUUCCCCAGCCCCGGAGGAGUUUCCAGGGGAGGAGUCCGCUGCUCCGCGGGGCUCGGAGGAGGCAGCUGGGGGUGGGAAUCCUUUCCGCCUGGAGCAAGGAGAGAUUUGGCAGAAAGGCAAAGGUGGGGCGAGAAGAGGCCCCGAGGUAAGCGUCGCUGGCGUUGAUCUGAGACCUUAAAAUGGGCAGCUUCUCCGUCUGGUAGUGGCCGGAGAUAUCAAAUAAAUAGCUGGAUAUAGGAUCUGGAUUUCAUGCAAUAAUUCUGGACAGGAGAUUAAAAUGUGGUGGUUUUAAUAACAUAGGUAACAUAAUAGCAGUGAGUGCUCAAUAAAUAUUUGUUGACAGAAUCUGUAAAAGACCAAGUAAGCAAUUACCAUGGUCCAAGAGAGAAAUGAGACCUCAAACAAAAGGAAUAGCAAUGGAACAGAAGUGUAUACAUUUGAGAAAUAUUCCAAAGGCCGAAUCAAUAGGAUUCAGUGACUAAGUAGGAAGGGGUGAGAGAGGAAGAAAUUGAGGAUGACUCAAAGUAUGCUAGCUUGGAAAGCUAAGUGAACUGUAAGGUCAUUAAUAUGGGAGGCAAAACAGAUGAUUGGGCAUGAAAAUCAGUGUAGAGGACUAUUCUUUCUCUUAGCAAACUAAAAUGUUAGUGUUUUUCAAAUGGCUUUGAGCUUCAAAAUGUUUACUUACAUUUUAAGAAAGCAAACUUUAAAAAUACACUUUAAUUUGUCUACAGCAAGACAGAUAACUUUAGUUUAAUUAUUACCUUUGGAAAAAAAAUCCUAGGUAGAAACACAUUUGGUAAAAACUAUUUUCUCUUUCCUAAUGUUUUAUAUCACAAAUCAGGAUGUAAUCCUCCUCUUUUCUACAUUGGCCAUGAAUUUUAUUUUUUUCUCUCUCUCUUCAUAUAUGUGUAUACUUUUUUAAUCAUAAGAAAUCCAAUGUCUAAAGCAGGCUCUGAGAGAUAUUUUAGGUAAUUGUUCUUUGCUCCAUUAGGAUGGCCUUUUUCAACAGCACAGAAAGACAGAUGAUCCAGAAGCUUCUAAGAGCAGCUUUUAAAUAGGACUCUCAGUUUUUUAGGUACU